AUGGCCUAUAAACUCCAAAAACAUUUGGAUGAAUAUGUGGAAUUCAGAAUUUUUGAAAAGUCCCCGGAUUUGGGUGGGACCUGGUAUGAGAAUCGGUAUCCAGGCUGUGCUUGUGAUGUGCCCAGUCACGUUUACCAGUUCUCAUUUGCACCCAAUCCUGACUGGUCUGAGUUCUAUGCAUCAUCGACUGAGAUUCAAAACUACCUGAAAAAUGUUGCAAAACGCUUUGAUCUGGAACGUUAUAUUCAUUACAACUGCGAAGUGACAAGCGCCACGUGGGACAAGACCAAGGCAACUUGGGCUGUAGAUGUUGAAGAUUACGGGACAGUUGAGAGUGAGAUUCUCAUCAACGCUGGCGGCAUUCUCCACCAUCCACAGAUGCCAACAAUCAGCGGGCUGUCAUCUUUCGAGGGUCCCUUGCUGCACACUGCUCGCUGGGAUUCAGCUAUCGAUUUGAAGGGCAAACGUGUCGCUAUUAUCGGGGCAGGCGCUAGUGCCGUGCAACUACUUCCCAAAAUCCAGCCUCUCUGCGAGGAUGUUGACAUCUACAUCCGCACUCCGUCGUGGAUAUGUCCACCAGCUGGGCAGCAAGCGUCUGACAACAAUAAUCCGAAGUACAGUGAAGACGACAAACAAGGAUUCCGUCAAAAUCGAGAUUCUUAUUUAGAGAUGCGCAAAGGCCUCGAAAGCCCGUUUAACUCAAACUUCAAAGCAUUCAUCAAAGGGAGCCUCGAGCAAACAGGACUUCGGAAGAAGUUCGAAGUACGCAUGAAAGAGCUUAUUCAUGACGAAUACCUGCAGUCAAAGCUCAUUCCAACAUUUGAGGCCGGGUGCCGGCGGAUCAACCCUGGUGAAGGAUAUCUCCUGGCACUCCAGGAGGCGAAUGUUCAUCCUAUUUUUGAUCCAAUCUCAGAAAUCGUCAAGGAAGGUGUUACAGUGGAGCUAGAAAACGGCUCUCGGGAGAUACGUGAAGUAGACGUGCUCAUCGCCGCAACGGGAUUCAACACCAGCUUCAAGCCAAGAUUUCCUAUUAUUGGCCGAGACUCAAUGAACCUUCAAGAUAAAUGGAGUUCGGAUCCCGUUUCAUAUCUCGGCACGGGGGUCUCGGGCUUCCCCAAUUACCUGGUGUUUCUGGGUCCCAAUACUCCUAUAUCAAAUGGCAGUUUAAUGGGUCCAUUGGAAGCCACUAGUGACUAUUUCAUCCGCAUUUUACGAAAGGUCAUACGUGAGCGUGUGCGAUCGUUCGAAAUCCGCCAAGAGGUCGAGCAAGAUUUCGAUUGCCAUACAGUGGAAUUGAUGAAAGACAUGGUUUGGACAGGAUCUUGCCGUAGCUGGUGUAAGUUGUUUAAUGCCCCGCUUCUAGCUGUUAUGGUUUGUGUUCUGUUUUCUUACGUACGCUGUAUAGUCAAACCUACCAACGGGAAAGUGACUGCUCUGUACCCGGGGAGCUCUCUACAUUACAUGCAAACUCUCUCAGAAAACCGCUGGGAGGAUUACAUUUGGACCUAUCAAGGCCGUACUCGGUUUGAAUACUGGGGAGCUGGACUAUCAUGGAUCGAAGCGCCAGAGCGAGAUCCAUUGGGAAUAGCGGAACGAGAGGCUUUUGCCCAGACGACAUCAGUUCCAAAGAAGGGGGCAGAUCGUAGCUUUUAUAUUUGGGAUGGUGAGCCAUUACCAAGCAAACGUGGGCGUUCCAAGGGAAAUGAUGCUUCUUCCUUGGCUUUAUCUCACGAGGUCAUUAAAAGAGGAUUUUGGUGGAACUUGAAGAGGUUUCUGUACAUAGAAGGAUAG